GUCGGUAUCAUUUUUACCCUUAUAACAGUUUUGGCUUAACGCGUGUACCUACUUGGGCGAAAAUAAUAUUAAAAUAUUAUCGCAACUAUGGACUAUAAUCUAUAUUACGGUGUUAAAUCCAAUCGCUUGUUGAUAGUUUCCAACCGAGCACCGGAAUUCACGACUGCAGUGAAAAAUACCUUGCCCGGUGUGUUUGUUGUGAGGUAUAACUACGAUACGUCGUCGCUGGAUGACAUUAUCUCAAAAGUAGACGACAAAAUGCAACAUCGAAAAGUGAAAAGUAUUGCUAUUCUCGUGCAUUCAGACGAAACACAAUUCUAUAUUUGUUCUACAAACGAAAAAGUUCUGAAUGGUGAAAGUUUAAUUGACGAUCCAGAUAUAAAUUAUUUUCUGAAGUCGUUGUCAGAUUAUUGCCAUCGUGGAUCCUCGAGACUGGACUUUUUCAACAGUCGUUUAGCUUCGAGUUGUGUCAAAUACCAACUGUGCUUAGCCCUGCGUCAUUUGACUCAGUGUGACGUUGGCAUAUGGCCCGAUCUAAUGGGAGAAGAAUAUAAUGGUGAAUUAUAUUUUAGUUCAGCCGAUAUACGACCUACCAAGACUGCUUUAGAUGGGUAUCAGCGAAUUCGAACGGUAGGGAAAGGAGCAUUUGGGGUGGCGACUUUGUACCGCAACACAAAUAAAAAUAAUUUAGUAGUGAUCAAGCAGAUAAACAUGCUAGAUAUGACUGCACAAGAGAGACAGCUUGCUUUGAACGAAGCUAAAGUCUUAUCGUUGCUCAGCCAUCCGUAUAUAAUAAGUUACUAUGGUAGUUUUGAAAUGGACGGUGUUCUCAUGAUAGAAAUGGAAUAUGCAGAUGGUGGAACUCUAGCAGAGUAUUUGAUCGGUCGUAGUACCAAUUUAUUACCCGAAAGACAAAUUUUAGAAAUGUUCUUACAAAUGUCUGAAGCGAUUCAAUGCAUUCAUCAGCGUAAUAUUUUACACAGAGACUUAAAGACAACAAAUGUUUUUCUGACAAAAAAACGUCAAAUAAAGUUAGGAGAUUUCGGUAUAUCAAAAAUAAUGACUACAAAGUUACAAGCAUUAACUGUGGUUGGAACACCAUAUUACAUAAGUCCGGAAAUGUGCGAAGGUAAACAAUAUGAUCAGAAAUCCGAUAUUUGGGCAUUGGGUUGUAUAUUGUACGAGAUGGCGAGUCUUCAGCGUACUUUUGAUGCUUCAAAUCUACCAGCACUUAUUCAUUUUAUAACAAAAGAAAAUUUUGCACCAAUACCAUUGUGUUAUUCAUUAAAUUUAAAAAAACUAGUGAACGAUUUACUUCAAAAAGAUCCGCUCCGAAGACCCAAUGCCAAUUAUUUAGUCGAAACAAUUCCCGAUUUCAUUGAUUUUGUAACCGAUUCUAAUUGGGUUCAAGAAAGCAGUGAACUCGAGUCGAGUAACGACGAUUUACUAAACAGAUCCGUGGUAUAUCAAUUUUCAUCUCCGACAAAUUUGACGCCUGUUCAAUUACCAUUUAGUGUCCAAAUAGUACAGCUUGCAGUGAGUCAGACGCAUUUCGUCGCUCUUACUAGUGAUUACUCGAUUUUCACUUGGGGUGAAGACAAACAUGGUCAGUUGGGUCACGGCGAAGAAACUCCGUGGAAAAACGAUCCACAAUGCGUAGUAUCGUUAUUGGACAAGCACAUAACCCAAGUCGGAGCAGGGCAAAACUUUAGUGUCUUCGUUAGCAGCACAGGUCUCGUGAUGACCACCGGUGACGGUAAAUAUGGGGCUCUUGGCCACGGCGAUUGGAAUAGCGUUUCAAGACCAAAACUCAUAGACUUUUUACUAAAAGUGGACGUGGUGAAAAUUUCUUGCGGCAACCAUCACAUCGCGGCAUUGACGAACGAAGGUCAACUUUACACUUGGGGUCGUGGAAAUCACGGGCAACUGGGCCUGGGAAAUUUACAAGACUGCUGUUUUCCGAUUUUGGUCAAUUGGCAUCUCGACGAAAAAAUCGGUUCUAUCCAAUGCGGUCCCGAGUGUACGGCUAUAAUAACCGACUGUCAAAACGUGUAUGCUUGUGGACUGAAUAAAUGCAACAAACUCGGUCUGAACAGACCGUCUUUAUUCAAACUCAAAUUCAAAGAAGUGCCGUUCGAGAGUUUAUUUACCAAAGUAAAAUUCUUAGAUGGAUUACGAGUGACUUAUGUGUGUUUUGGCGAGUGUCACAGUGCCGCUAUAACUGCACAGGGUCACGUUGUCAUUUGGGGAAGUAACAUUUACUCCCAACGGGGGAAAUUGCAUGUUUCUCAAAACAAACCUAAUCUGCUCCAGUUGCCCGGUUACAGCAAAGCACAGAUUAUCGACUGUGGACCGACGUAUACAUUAAUUGGUACAGAUGACAAUGCUGUGGUGUUUUGUGGCACGCGAUUUUCUUUACAGAUGGACACCAAAGCGCUGACUCAAAUGACGUCGAUGUUUACAUCAGAAGUCAUUGCUCGACCGAAGGUGAUACUCGGAUUAUACGCUUCUGAUGAACAGAUCGAUAAAGGCCAGUUGUUGGUACUUAAUUCACUUCAGGCCGUCGGUCACAAUUUGAUGAUAACAGUUGAUACAUUUUUGAGGGUUAAUAGUUAAAUUCGUUUUUCAAAUACACACGAUUCUUUAUAUUUGAAAAUAUUGUUUUAGGUCGUUCAAAAACGUACACUUAUUAAUUUUGACACCCCUCAUAAAUAAUGAUCCAUUAAAUUAUAAAUAUUUAUUACUGUUUAAUAUCAGUUUAAAAAGUUUAUACAAUGUACUUUGAAAUGUUUAUAUAGCUUAAAAACUAGUCAGAUUGAAGCAUAGUAUUUUUAAAUACUUUAUAGUUUUUUACUAAAACAAAAUAUGACUGGUAAAUCAAAAAUAUGCUUAAAACGAUUA